CUACAUGAGUCUGAACUGUUUUGUGGUCGGAGUCCAACAGUCCAGUCGAAAAACGAGGAUGUCAAGUGAACCAAGUUUUACGCAAGCAAGCCUGACAGACUUUGUACACUUCAUUUGGUUACUUUUUUUUUUUUAUUGUUGUUGUUAUUUUGACAACCCCUCGACCUCGUGUCAGACAUGCAGGACUCUGUUCACUGCCUUGUUCAGUUUUUAGAGUCCUACAGGGGCAGAGAUAAAGUCAUCAGGACGCUCUGCUACGGCUCGCAGCUGGUCGGAGGCAUUCUUUCACGCAAGGCAGAUGCGGAUGCUUCGUCGCCCAACCUUGGGAAAAGUCUGCUUCUGUUUUCUGAUCAGCUAAGCCACUGCAGGACGGUGCUGAGGCUGUUUGAUGAUCUGGCCAUGCUGGCUUAUUCCCAGAGUUAUGGAUUUGGAGCCAAGGAGAGAGAUGGAAUCCUUCGCUGCAUAUCAGUACUUGCGAAUGUGGCUGACCAGCUCUACUACCCGUGUGAACACGUGGCCUGGGCCGCUGAUGCGCACCUCGUUCGGGUCAAGUCUGACAGGUGGUGGCUGUUCAGCACGGUGCUUUGGGGAACCUCGCUGCUGCUGGGGAUCCUGAGGUCACUUCGUGUUAUGACGCUGCUCAAGAGGAAGCUUGGUAAAUGUGACCAAGACGGAAGCAGCCGCUGUCAGAUCCAUAGGCAGAUGCGAGCAGAGCUGCUUUCCAUCCUCAGAGCUAUGACAGACCUCAGUAAUGCCAUCCACUGGAUGCCACCCGGCUUCCUGUGGGCAGGAAAAUUCCCGGCAUGGCUCGUGGGACUGAUGGGCACAAUCUCCUCUGUCGUUGGUUUGAUCGAGGUAAACGCAGAAAACUAUGACGGAAAAGGCAGUACUGAGUGAUGGACGCUUUGAGAACACUGCACAAAAUCAAGUCAUUAUCUUUAAUGGGAUCUGUUCAUUUUCCACCUCAUUUGGCUCCUCUGAAUGUGGAGGAACGCCGGCACUAUUCUGAGACCCUUUUGUCAUUACAAAUUGGAGAUAGAAAAGCGGUUCUGUAACUGAUGUCGUAUGCACUUGUUGCCCAAAAUCAACAAUGGCAAGUAGGAUAUUGCAAUAUUUAAUCAUUUUUCAUGGUCGUCAACUCACUAGGGUUGAUGCUUUUGGUCGUUUCAAUUAUUUUCUACAGCAUAUGCUGUACAUGACUGCUGCUACAUUGUGUUUAUACAAUAUCGUGGGAAUAUUUCGCUGAACGUGAGGAUUAAAGAGGCGAAGUAGUGUGCAAAAAUUACUGUGGCAAUAUUUAAAUGAUAAUAUUCGGCUGGCGGCACGGUGGAUCAGCUGGUAAAGCAUUGGCCUCACAGUUCUGAAGUCCAGGGUUCGAUCCCGGACCCGCCUGUGUGGAAUUUGCAUGUUCUCCCCAUGCCUGCGUGGGGCACUCGGGUUUCCUCCCAGAUCCCAAAAACAUGCAGCAAUAAUUGAACACUCUAAAUUGCCCCUAGGUGUGAUUGCGAGUGUGACUGUCAUCUGUCUCUAUGUGCCCUGCGAUUGGCUGGCAACCAGUUCAGGGUCUACCCCGCCUCCUGCCCGUUGACAGCUGGGACAGGCUCCAGCACUCCCGCGACCCUCGUGAGGAUAAGUGGCUAAGAAAAUGGAUGGAUGGACGGAUAUUCCACUGUAGUGAAUAAUUGAUCUGAAGAAACUCAUGAUGGAAUUUUUAGUACUGUAAUUUCCGGCCUAUUAGUCGCAACUUUUUUGACACGCUUUGAACCUGCGGUUUAUGCGGUGCUAGUAUUAGCGCACCUGGUUUUAACCAGGUGUGUUCUGUAGGCCGGGAAUUACGGUAAAUCCAAACAAUGACUCUAGACGUAGUAUUUUUAAUCAUUCUAUCACAAUAUAAUGUGUCACUUAAUGGCAAUUUGUAGAAUCUGACUAAAUAAUGUCUUCAAUAUGUUGAUUAGAGGAGAAAGUGAUGGAGUAUAAACUUCAUCUGUUUUAAAAAGUGAUUAAAUAUUGUGAUAUCCUACUUCUCAUUGUCAAUUUUGUGAAGCAAGUAUAAUGGCAGGGACACAACCUGUUUUUUUAUCGACAGUUUAUCAUGACAAAUUGGUUAGCCAAGUGACUGUAGUUGAAUCUCAAAUAAGUUGGUAGAUUGUAUGAUCAGGAUUUUCUGGAAUACAUGUGGGGUUAGAUUGGGUAAUUUUUUUUAAUUUAAGAAUAUGAAAUGCUUCAGCCACAGACUCACUCCCCCUCUGAGGGUGAAAAAAAGGUGUGUGUUUGGGGCUGGGGGUGGGUAUGUUGGUCCAUCAGACAAAGAGUUGCUUGAAGAAAUGGUCUCGGCUCCGGCGAGUGACAAGUUUACGGCAGUUUCUAAGGAAAUGUGUGUUCUCCCCCCAUGAAGCAGAUGUGAUGAGAAAAGACUUUCACCCAGGUGGUGGUGUCAAUCAGGACAGAUCAGGGAUUUGAUGUAACAAAUGAUCUCUGAGUUCUAAGGAAAAUCAAUGGUGGUUUAUCCAUACAAACAGAACCCUCUCAGAUGUGGUGAGAAAAAAAAACUUCAUCCAGGGUCCAUUUAAAAAAAAAAAAAAAAAGAGGGAGGGGGAGGUGAAAUUCCCUCAGCAAGACCUGUCGGUGGGGGGAACGGUGAUUUCUGGUCACACCUUGAGCUGGCUGUGAUGAGUUAGAACAUGUUCUGGUCACAUCUUCCAGACUGAAUUCCGGUUGCAGAUUCGACUUCCAAUAACAAUCUUUCACCAUUUUCCUGUGAAUUUCUGGAAACAAAUGUCACUUCCGGCGCUCAUUCCUGGCCUCUAAUGGUGACAUCACCACCGGUAUACUCAAUGGGAUAUUCAUAAAUGUCAAUACACUGAUCAAAAACCACUGUUGUUAAUUUUUGAAAAUAAAGUCAAGAAAUACUGUUUGUCCAUUAGACACCCCAUGAAUGUGAAAGUUUUAUGUGCUCUGUAUCAUUUAUUUCUGUAAGGGGACUGAAUGUUUUGCUCUGUUUUGUAUUUCACCCCCUGUCGAUUGAGUUUCCAUGUUUUGUUUUUCCUGAAUAAGAUGAUGACAUCGCAGAGAAGUUGCACCAGUUAUGGAAUGAUUCACAAUA